CGCACGACCAGUUGUGAAUAGCGUCUACGAGAUCAUGCAAGGCGGUGUGUUUUUCUACAAAAAUCUGCUGUUGUAAUAUCUCACAGAUGCUGUUCAUAAUGAGAUUAAUCUCGUCUCUAAAUUGGUGUUCUUAUAAAAAUUUAGUGAAUUCCAGUUACCAUUAUCAGACUGUGUAUCAUUCCGAAAAGUAUUAAACGUAUUUUUCGAGAAUUACGCGUAUAUAAUUAUUAGUGUCACGGUCCCCUUCUCCCCCUCGCGUUCGGCGCCAGAGUUCCACGAAAAUUCGGUAGAUCAACGAAACGUGUGUGUAUUUUCAUUCGGUGGGUUUACCUACUGAGCCACUAUCGUGACGUAGACGGAAAGUGGGAGGAGACACGAACCUUUGGAUAUUUAUUUACCGUUGUCAGUGCGAAAAUUAACGUCAGUUCUAAGCGGUUGUCGCAAGAAGAGCGCAAGUUAGCUACAGAAGCAGAAGGUUUAACUUUUCUUUUGUUUUCUUGGUCGUUACCAUUGUAUGGAGCGUGAUAUACAGCCGUUAAAGUCUUUGUGUACAGCUGAUCAAAAUGCAGCUGGGCACAAGUCUAAUGGGAACGCGGCUUUCGCUGGCCCCCUCUUGCCUAUCGGCGAAACGAGUUCUAAAUCCCUGGAACCAAUGGUCGGCCGCUGGGGCUGCGAAUGGCCAAGUUGACUCGAAACCCAGAAUGCUUGGUCUAAAGAUGGACCCGUCCUAGGGUCGAAUGAGCCCGCCUACGGGGCUCACGGGGAUGUCUUAACCAACCAGUACCGCUUCGGCGCCGCCACUGCGACGAGCAGCGACACGUUGGCGCAGCUCAUCGACGAUGAGCAGGACGACGGCGUGUGGCCUCUAGAACACCCCCUGCCCCUGCCGUGCUGGGACGAGGAGUACGCCGUACCCUACAGGGUGAAGAACGUCAGGGAGUACGAGACGUUGGCGUGCGAAAUCGAGAUGCAUCUGCGCAAGGUGUUGGAAGAGCACAAUUAUGAUACCAUCGGCAACUUUUUGAAGUUCUACGAUAGUUUCAAGAAGAGCAGCAUGGAUAACUUACUUGAGUUUUUCCACUUAUAUUCUCCUCCAAUAACAUCGGAGCAUUACACAUGCGUGGGACUGGCCUUCGAAUUGUGGAACCGUUUGCUGAUCAAGCUGGAAUCCAAAUAUCCGGGUAUCGGCAAUCACAUUUUCGUCGUAUCCUGCGAAGAGGACGUCGACAGUCCCGUGGGAUACACGAAUUCCUGCGGCUUCGAUCCCAGCAGCGUGCCGCAUAAUUUGGAAAAGGAGCACGUCCUGAUGUGUUUGAAGGUGGAAUUUUCUGGAAGGACGGCCGUUAUGCUGUGCGAUCCGGGUUAUCAUGUCGCUAGGGUGGUUACUGUUAUGGCUGACGGGGCUUAUCCACAUACCGGAUGGUUCAUUCAAUCCGAGGAAAACGACAUACGCAAGGAGUACAACUACCAGCUGACCCCAAACAACAGGCACUUCGUGGAAUGGAACGAAAGAACGACCCGUAAGGGUAAAGAAGAAAAUUUCGUGGGCGUCAUCUACGUCGGCAGGCCGUACUUGACGGCCGUCGACGUCACGGAACGUAGAAAUCUGGUGUACGGAUUCAGGAGCUUGCUGUCGCGAGACCAAAAAGGCGAGUUAAUUGCCGGCGUCUACUUCAAACUGUUGAUGAACGGCGAUGAAUUCACCAUAUUUUACCAAAAUAUGGGCAAGCAGCGGAUUAAAGUCAAGUUUUCUGACAUCAUGAAACCGGAGAUCGAUAAAGGAUUAAUGGAAAAGUUAUCGAUAUGCAAUGAACAACUGAACCUACCGGAAAACAAAUUGUUGACCAUCAUCAGGAACGCCGGCGGGGUGCUUAGAGACGCGAAGUUCCUUUUGCAAUUGUCUGACAUCGAUCGGUGCAUCAAUCUACUUUCAGCCAACAAUUGAUCGACCUUCAAAAUUUGUUUAUUUAGCUUUAGCUGCUUCGUUUUAUACUUUGUCAUUGUUUCUUUCAGCUUAUUUCUAGAAUAGUGUUAAUCAAGCUUUAAGUGCAAUUACUUAUAUAUUUUUUAUUUGCGUAAUUUUGUUCCUUUAAUGUUUAAUAUACUUUUGGUCGUAGAUAU